CCGGGUGGCGCAGGCCUCCGGGACGCCCGCCGAACUCCCGAGCCGUCUCCAAUUGGCCGUCGGGGGAACGGAAGCCGAAGCAGAGGAGUGAACCCGGAAGUGCUUCGCCGCGGAGGCCCGGGCGACUCUUUUGAAUGGAAUCGGGCUGAUUCAUCGCCGGUUCGCGGAGCCAGAGCCCGGCGGAGUCUGAGUCGCCGCUGCAGCUGUUGCCGUCUUCGCCGCCUCCGCGUCACCGCAGGUGGGAGACGAGAAUCCAGACCGCUGCCUCCCGUCCCCGCCCGCUUUCAGGAGAGAGAGAGAAAAAAAGUACUUGGGAAAAGUUAUACCUGUCAGUAUUAGCAGGAGCUUAAGAAGAAAUUUGUCAAACAACGAAUUGAAGCUUAACACCACAAGAGUUGUAGUUACUGACCAGAAAUAUGGACAGACUUCUUAGACUUGGAGGAGGUAUGCCUGGACUGGGCCAGGGGCCACCCACAGAUGCUCCUGCAGUGGACACAGCAGAGCAAGUAUAUAUUUCUUCCCUUGCACUGUUAAAAAUGUUAAAGCAUGGUCGUGCUGGAGUUCCAAUGGAAGUUAUGGGUCUUAUGCUUGGAGAAUUUGUUGAUGAUUACACCGUCAGAGUGAUUGAUGUGUUUGCUAUGCCACAGUCAGGAACAGGUGUCAGUGUGGAGGCAGUUGAUCCAGUGUUCCAAGCCAAAAUGUUAGAUAUGUUGAAGCAGACAGGAAGGCCUGAGAUGGUUGUUGGUUGGUAUCACAGUCACCCUGGCUUUGGUUGUUGGCUUUCUGGUGUGGAUAUCAACACUCAGCAGAGCUUUGAAGCCUUGUCGGAGAGAGCUGUGGCAGUGGUUGUGGAUCCCAUUCAGAGUGUAAAAGGAAAGGUUGUUAUCGAUGCCUUCAGAUUGAUCAAUGCUAAUAUGAUGGUCUUAGGACAUGAACCAAGACAAACAACCUCAAAUCUGGGUCAUUUAAACAAGCCAUCUAUCCAGGCGUUAAUUCACGGACUAAACAGACACUACUACUCCAUUACUAUUAACUACCGAAAAAAUGAACUGGAACAGAAGAUGUUGCUAAAUUUGCAUAAGAAGAGUUGGAUGGAAGGUUUGACACUUCAGGACUACAGUGAACACUGUAAACACAAUGAAUCAGUGGUAAAAGAGAUGUUGGAAUUAGCCAAGAAUUACAAUAAGGCUGUAGAAGAAGAAGAUAAGAUGACACCUGAACAGCUGGCAAUAAAGAAUGUUGGCAAGCAGGACCCCAAACGUCAUUUGGAGGAACAUGUGGAUGUACUUAUGACUUCAAAUAUCGUCCAGUGUUUAGCAGCUAUGUUGGAUACUGUCGUAUUUAAAUAAAACAAUGCAAAAGGCUAUUAGUGAUACUUUUCAGCGUAUAUUCCUCUAUUGUUCCUAAUGCUCAAAAUCAAGGGACCUCUGAAGGUGUGUUUGGUUCAAUGUAAGACAUCUGGCAUCAUUUGCAGCACUGUAACACCUUCAGUCUCAGUUGUGCAAUUACUUCUGUUUCUUUAGUCAGGGUCUUUGCAGAUUCCAAAGUUGUAUAAGAAUACAUCAAAGUGGACAAAUUUUGUUAAGAUCCCAUUUAAUAUUUGAAGAAAACAGUAACACAAAUAUAUUUUGAUUGUUGCUUACAAAAUAAAAUACAUUUACAAUCUA